AUGGCGGGGUCGCCACAGCGGCAUCGCCUCGCCGUCCUCCUCGCCGGGCUCGCGCUCCGCGUGUUCUCUCCGACGGCCGCGGCUGCUACGGGUCUCCACCCCUCGCAAGCGGCGGUGCUGGCGGAGUGUCAGGGGCAGUGGCGGUCGCAGCUGCGCGGAUGGAGCAAGGGGGGGGACUGCGCGCAGGUGGAGGGCGUGCGCUGCAAUGCGGCUGGCUUCAUCGUCUCCCUGAAUGUGACUGGGCGGAACUUAACAGGCCCCAUUCCUCAUUCCCUGUGGAACCUCACAACCCUGACACAACUGGAUCUGACUAACAAUUGGCUGUCAGGCUCCAUCCCAGCAGCCAUUGCUGGCAUUGCUGCACUCAGGAUUCUGUCAGCAGCCCUUAUCCCCCCCCAUGCUAUGUCAGGUUUUCUUCCAUUCCGCAUUCGCUGUGCUGUGCCACUAUGCCAUGAUGUGCAAUGUCAAGGGAUCAUGGGUAUCGUAUUCUUCUCUACCCUUCUGUUUAGCUCAUUCGCACUUACUUUCAUAGACGUUUUUCUGUGUGAUUUUGGGGAACAGAGUGCAAAAGGCAAGCCUGGGUCCUAA